AAGCUGGUCCACAUGUACAUACAAUCUCUCCCCUCUCUCUUCUCUCGGCUCUUCUUCUCCUUCUCGUCUCGUGGUUAAAUUCUCUCUACGAGCUGACCGUUUCUUCACUCAUAAUAAAAUCGAAGAGAUUCACUGGUGCAUGCUUGGACCUGAGUUUUAAGCUCGUGGAGGUUGAGAGUAUCUUCAUUUAGUGAAAAGAUGUUGAUUCCAGUGAAACAUGGGCCUAAGGACCGUGGUCAGAGGUAUGGGAACUGGUGAUUGGGAGAUUGAUCUAAUCUAUUUGGAGAAAGAAGUGUAUAUUUUUGUAGAUAAAAAAAAAAAAAAAGGGGAUUUGAUUGAUUGAUCAUAUAAUGGCUAUUGCUGGCCUGCAAAACAUUUUGGCUAUUAAUUCAUCCUUCCCUCGGGACACUAGACAAAUGGAAACCGAAGGAAGACCGGGCGUCCGUGCAUCCUCACUCCUACAGAUGUGGAGGGAACUUGAGGAUGACCACGUGACGGGUCAUCCCCGUGAGAGAAGGAGUGGCCCUUCUUCCCCUUCGAGGGGAAAUGACAGUAACGUUAGCGAUCAUGUAAAUCUGGGUGAGAGUGAUGAACUUGGUGGAUGCUCCCCUACCGGUAGCGAGCACUCUUCAGAUCUGGGGAUGGUUGAACGGGAAAGAGUUAGACAAAUCUUUCGUGAGUGGAUGAGCUCCGGGACGGGUGAGCAAUCAUCUGCUCCUUCCCCUACUACUAACGGUGCAAGAGCGGAAUGGCUUGGCGAAACGGAGCAGGAAAGGGUGAGGAUCAUCAGGGAGAUGGUUCAGAUGAAUAGCCAGCAGAGGGGGCCUGUUCUUGGUGAUUCCAGGGAAGAUCAGCCUGCUGAAGUUGCUAACCAGAUUGAAAGAGUGCUUGACGGAAUGCUUGUUAAUGCGAACUGCGUUCAGAACGAGCAUGCUAGAAGAGGCAUACGCAAGUUAUGUGGUCGGCAAGUGUGGGUGGAUAUGUUAAAGAUGGCUGAGAGGGAAAGGCAAAGAGAGCUGCAGGGGUUGAUGCAGCAUCAUGCUGUAUCAAACUUUGCUCAUCGCAAUCGCAUUCAGGCAUUGCUAAGGGGGAGGUUCUUACGAAAUGGUGUCAAGGAUGAUAAAGAGAAACCAACAUCAUCUGCAGCUACUGAGUUGGGCUUUCUGAGAGAGAGGCAAACUGUAUCUGAGCUGAGGGAGGAAUUUAUAUCCAGACUAGACCGGUCUGUCUCUGGUCAAGCCAGCACUAGUCACUCGGAAACCUCAUCGGACACUGAAACUGACGAUAGUAGAGGUGAACAAAACAAUCAAGAUAACAUCAAUGAUGCAGACGGUGGUUCAGAUCAUAAUCGCGACAGCCAUAACUCGCUGGAUGAAGUAACUGAUUCUAGACGCUCUAGUAAUCGGAGUACAAGUCUGGAGGAAAGGACCGCACGUGUAGAAGGCUGGCAGGGGCAACUUCCUGAGAAUAUCCAAAGCGAAUGGCAGCGGUCGGACGGUGAUGAGUUUUCUCAAAGGAGAAAUGAUGCUGAAGCAGACCUGAAUAUCCAUCAAAGGGAGGAUGCUGCUAGCUGUUCAUCUUCUGAACAGUCUCUGCAAAGUCCCGAAGAAAUUGCCACUACUGGACCGACAAUAGAUCUACAGGAGCAUCUGCCUGAGAACAUCAAUCUAACUUUCACCCUAGAAGAACAGUCUGAGGAGGAGAUUCUGGGAAACGAAGAAUCUGAUUGGCAACUUAUCAACGGCGAAUGGAGGGAUGAUGCUGAAGAGGAGGCAGAUACAAACGUUUCCGAGAGUUUUCCGAACCAGUUUUCCCAGAUAUCAUCCGUGGAUGAGGACGGAGAAGACCAUGGUCCACUACAACCCACAGAGAUGCAGGCUGAUGAUUCUGAUCUUCAAAGCCCGGUACAAGACUGGUCUGAGGAACAUUCUGAUGAGGACACGGUCUCAAUUGGAAGGGCGGCCACAUUUUUUCCUCAGGAUGAUGAUAAUGGGAACAUGGAACUCAGAGAACUCUCCAGCAGGAGACGUGUUUCAAAUCUUCUUCAAAGCGGGUUUAGGGAAAAUCUCGACCAGUUGAUACAAUCUUACGUGGACAGGCGAAGCCGAGAUCCUGUCGACUGGGAAGAACACGAGACGUUCCCGGACCCCUUAUUAGCAGAUGAACACACAGAACAGCAAGCUGAUGAUGCUCAGAGUGGUGGUGGUGGUGGUCAAGAAGUUGACGCUGUUGAAUCUCCUCCUUUAUCUCUACCCUCUCCAGUGAUUCCUGUUCAGGUCUUCUGGGACCAUGAUCGAUCCAAUUCAAGCUGGCCGGCACAUGAUAUGCAUCAGCGCAUUGGAAUGGAUUGGGACUCGAUCAACGAUCUGAGGAUCGACAUGGGAAGGAUACAUCAAAGGAUGGAUAACCUCCAGAGGAUGCUGGAGGCUUGCAUGGAAAUGCAACUCGAGCUACAACGCUCUAUAAGGCAAGAGGUAUCUGCGGCGAUGCACCGCUCUGCCGAUUCAUCAGGUCCAUCAUCCAGUGACGCUGAGAGCUAUGAGUCAAAAUGGGAAUACGUAAGGAAAGGGAUCUGCUGCAUAUGCUGCGAGAGUAACAUUGAUUCCUUAUUGUACAGAUGCGGACAUAUGAACACUUGCGAGAAGUGUGCAAAGAAGCUAGUGGAAGCUGGAGGAAAAUGUCCUAUGUGUCAAGCCCCUGUGGUUGAGGCAGUUCGUGCUUACUCUAUACUCUGACCUCACUCUUACUCUUUCUCGUCAUAGCAUUUGGCUCCAAACUCUGCUUCAGAUUGCUUAUCAGAUACUGGGGUUUACUGAUACCAAAUGUCUUUUAUCUUUCCUGUGAUUUAUAGCUUUAGAUAUAUAACUGAUUCACUCGGCUCCAUACACUUCUUUAACUAUUUUUAUACACAAGAUUCAAUAGAAAUUGUUACAGCGUA